AUGGAGGACCACAAACCAGCCUGUUCGGGCUUCAUAAUUAGCCUGCUCUUCUACGUAUGCUACAUCUUCUACUUCGGGUUGUACUGCUACGAAAUGAUGUAUAUCUUCUCUUCCAAAAUGGACUAUUUCAUGCUCUGCCUUCUGCUAAUCACAAGCAUGCUGUCCAUCUCCUUGGCCUCCACGGGAUUAAUGUACACGUCCUUCUUUCUAGUGAUCGUCAUAUCUUUAGUGGAAAUAAACGAAUACAAAAACUCUUCCUUUGGAAGUGUAAUGGAUGAGGAGUUUAGCAAAGUGUUUUUAAUUGUUCGAUUAUUUUCCAUCAUUAAUUUCCUGCUAUUUUACUACUUGCACAUAAAGAACCUCAAACAGAAGACACGGGUAGACUUGGCCAAGGCAAAGUCAAGUGAGAAGAAGACACAGACGGUGCAUGAAAGGAACUCAUCGGAAUACAAAAAUGGCGAUUUAAGACACGGCGCCACAAUACCUGUUGGUGGAAAGUCAAUCCAAGAAGUUGUUACGCACAAACAUACGCAAGAUAAUGAGGACCCAUCGAAGAAAACACAAGUGAUUGAAGGAUAUAUAUUAAAACAUGUGACCAUUCCGAUUAUACAAAAGGAUGAGAGGCCUCCUCCUCCAGCAAUGUCCAGUCAACAGAGUAAAGUGUUUGAAGCCCCCCCUCACCAUCUUCCAUACAGCCACUACAGCGUCAAAAGUGUAGAUGGUAAUGCACACGGGUUGGGAGCUAAUCAGCCACUGAGCGGUGGCACCUUUGUUGAUAACAGCUUGGACGAGACUUACAGAAGGCAGUAUACCUCCCCGUGGGUAGUGCCCAAGAACAGCAACAACAACACCAACAACCUGUAUGGAAACGAUGUUCCUUUCACAGGGGGGGAAAGUCAACAUUUCAGUAGAGCCCCCUACGGAAAUGCAACUGCUAGUGCUUGCUAUAAUGGCGUCUUGAACGCAUACCCUGCGAAUAGGUUGCCCGAAGAUAAGGAUCCAUACCAAUAUAGGUCUCACCAAAUGGGGGCCUACCAAUCAGGGGGCUACCCAUCGGGGGGUUACCAAGCGGGGGCAUAA